AUGAGCGCACAACUUGAGACGGAACGCAAGGAGUAUGAGAGCCAGCUUGAGCUCGUCAUCACGUCGCUUCAAGAUGACCCCGACAAUACCGAACUACUAAACCUCAAACAAGAGCUGGAGCAGAUGAUCCAGCUCCUCAACGACUCACUGGCCGAGCUUCAGCCCAAGACCGACCCCCCGACAAAGGCGCCGUCGCCACCACCAGUCGAGCAGAAAUGGAGUCGCGAAAACCAUCCGGCGUUCAAGAAGGCAGCCCCUGCGGAGGAGAAAGAGAAGGAGCCCGAGGUGAUCACCUACCAGGUCAAUGACAAUGUCAUGGCAAAAUGGGUCUCGGGCGACAAGGGCUUUUACCCGGCGCGCAUCACCGCCGUGACUGGUUCGUCCAAGGCGCCCAUCUACACGGUCAAGUUCAAGAGUUACGAUACCGUAGAGACCCUGCCUGCUAAGGAUAUCCGGCCAAUGGCACAGAAGCGCAAGGCUGACGGCACUCCCGUCUCGAGCACCGGCACCGGCGGCACAGCUGCCUCGGCAACCACGGCCACUCCAUCUUCACAUACCCCUACGUCAUCGAACAAUGGUAUCGUUCUGUCCGCGGCCGCUGAUAUGUAUCCGCAGGCUCAGGCGGCGAACAAGGUGGCCGGGGAGAACAAUGACGACAAGCCGCGGCCUAAAUUCAAGAAGAUCAAGGCGACCAAGGAGCUGGAAAAGGGCAAGAGCAAGUGGCAGGAAUUCACCACUAAGGGAAAGUUUGGCAAGGCUGCCAAGAAGGAGAGCAUGUUUAGGACCCCCGAGGGUCCUCGUGGUCGGGUUGGCUUCACAGGCUCUGGCCAACCCAUGCGCAAAGAUCCCACGAGAACUCGCAAUAUCUACCAGCCCAAUGAAGAUUUGGACUAG